AUGCGCCAGCGGCGUUUUAAGUCGCACCGACUCGACGGCAGCACGGCGUUUGUCCGCAAGGAGAUUGGCUGGAGGACGAGUUUGAAAAUCUUGGUCGAGAUCUUGGAGGGCGAGGACAAGCGGGCGCGAGCAGCACAGAAGCAUCCCAAGAAGUUAGUUGAGGCCAUAUUGCGCGGACUUCGCGAGGAGCUGAAGUGGAGAGAGAGUCUGAGCGAGCUGGCAGGCUUCAGUGCUGGCCCGUCGCCACACGGGGAGGACAUCGAAUGUGACGCGGUGUCCCACGUGGACGACGCGCGCGCCGGCUUCCUGGAUCCGCAACGCGUUCGAGAGGCGAGACGUGAGGAGUUGGACCGGCGCAGGAGUCGCGAUGCGUGGACGAGAGUUCCAAGGCGAGAGGUGAAGUUGGAAGGAGGUCGACCCAUCGACAUGAGGUGGAUAGAUACGAACAAUGGAGAUCUCGAGCGGCCACUAUGUCGCUCGAGUCCGUUAGCGAGAGACAUGAAAGUUCGGCAGCGCGCCCAAGGUCUGUCGCCCCCGGCCACGGACCCGUUCUCGGGUGCGCCGCCGCCGGCGGCCUUCAAGGCGCCAGUCAGCUCGUUCGUCAGCAGGGCCCACGAGCAGUUCCAGAGCGCAUCGCCCACACAGGCGCUGCGCAAGUUUUACCGCGCGAACCAGCACUUUCACGGGAAGGCGACUCGGCGCAUCUGGGUGGAGCCCCCGCCCGAGGAGCGAGUAGACGAGGAGGCGCCAAUGGCGAGUCUCUUCGACCAGACAACGCGCGGAACGGUCGACACGAGCCAGGCGCGGCAGAGCGACUACGUGAAGCUCCACAAGGAGAGAUUACGAGCAACGCAUGUCGAGCCCGGCUGCCCCGACCACGGCGACGACUUCGGCGUGUUGGCUUUCGGCAGCGACGAGGAGUGGUUCGACCAGCUCUUAACCAAGCGCGACUACACGGCGUCGUCCCGGUUGUCCUCCGACGCGAUGACAGCUCAGAGCGCCGCGCAGUUCAACCGCGUCUUGGUUUGGGGCCCUGCCAGGGGCGAGGCUCGCAUCGAGGCUGAUGUCAGGCACGCCGACAUCACUGGGGACCUGCACCUGACAGAUGCGACACACGCGCAAACGCCUUCGGCGAACGCGAGCGCGAAGGCGACGUUUGAGGCUGAGCAGCCGCCACCGCUGAACAACAAAGAUGCCGCCCUGCACAGGUCAUUGGUCAUGAGAGGCUCGCUUCUUAGUCAAGAUAGACAAGACCUGAGCCACGCGACCUCGACGCUGGCCGAGAAGACGAAGACCCCACCGAGGUACCUCAUGUUCAGCGAGAAUUUGCUCACCCGCCUCCCCGCAGAGCUAACCCAGCUGGAGAACCUCAGGUGGCUGCACCUGUUCGGCAACCGCCUCGCCACGCUGCCGCCGGGGCUGCUCACUGGGUGCCGGGAGCUGAGCCACUGCCUGCUUGAGGGCAACCCGCUCUCCGCCGAGGCCACCGCUGCGCUGCUGGGCGAGGCCAGGGCGGCGGAGGCUCUGCGGCCUGGGCGGCUGCGGGCGCUGGGCGUCGACGCCGCGCAGGCGGCUGCGGCAGCGCGGCCGCGCUCGGCGCGGGAGCGGCGGCCGCGGGGCUGCCAGGGUGCGUGCUCAGCGGCUGGGUGGUGA